AUGCAGUCUGAGAAUCCGAUUGAACGAGGUGAUGAACACUUGGUAGAAAGAACUAGUGCUUUAGAGUACUAUCGUUGCACAGAGAUAGAACGGGCUUUAGAGUUAGUGAAUUUGAAAGAGAAGUAUAUUCUGGAAGAGAUUCAGUCUUUAAAGAAAGAGUUGCAUAAGUCACAACAAGCAAUUGAACGAGUUAAGAGUGUCCCACUAAUUAUGGGCCACUUUUUGGAGGCAAUCGAUGCAGAUACGGCUAUUAUCGGUAGUACGGCUGGAUCUAAUUCUGUAGUGAAGAUUCUUUCGACAGUCAACAAAGAGUUAUUGAAGCCGAGUACGAGUGUAGCUCUGCAUCGACAUUCUAGUGCCUUAGUUGAUGUUUUACCACCAGAGGCCGAUAAUACCUUCUCUGUUCUAGGGGAGGAAAACCGGCCUAAUGUAAGCUAUGCUGAUAUUGGAGGGUUAGAUAGUCAAAAACAAGAGAUAAGGGAGGCAAUUGAGUUGCCACUGACUGAUUUAGCACUCUACCAGCAGAUAGGUAUAGACCCACCUCGAGGAGUUCUUCUUUAUGGGCCACCAGGUACGGGUAAGACUAUGCUAGUGAAGGCCGUUGCCCACCAUACUAAGGCUACCUUUAUUCGCGUGAAUGGAUCUGAGUUUGUGCAGAAGUACUUAGGAGAAGGACCGAGAAUGGUGCGAGAUAUCUUUAGACUGGCUAUUGAGAAAGCGCCUUCAAUUAUCUUUAUUGAUGAGGUGGACUCGAUUGCUACGAUGAGAUUUGAUGCGGCUACUAGUGCCGAUCGAGAAGUACAGCGGGUUUUGAUUGAGUUAUUGAACCAAAUGGAUGGAUUUGAUCAGAACACUAAUGUUAAGGUGAUUAUGGCGACUAAUCGGGCCGAUACAAUCGAUCCAGCUUUACUUAGGCCGGGUCGAUUAGAUAGGAAGAUUGAGUUCCCAGUGCCCGAUCGGCGGCAGAAGCGGCUUAUCUUUGCCACAAUAACAGGGAAGAUGAGUUUGAGUGAAGAGGUGGAUUUGGAGAGUUUGGUCUUGCGUUCGGAUAAGUUAUCGGCGGCCGACAUUAACUCAGUGUGUCAAGAAGCAGGAAUGCUAGCAGUACGUAAUGGGCGGUAUGUGGUUAUGCAACAGGACUUUGAAGCGGCCUAUGCUAAGAUAGUGGAAAAGAAGAAUGCUGAGCAUGUUUUCUACUACUAG